AUGUUGACACUGCCAUUCGAGGAACCUCAUUUGAUGUGCGAGUCGCGGUUCGGUGCCAAUUAUCCCCGCGAAGGCGCACCUGAGAGUCUGGAGAAGGAGGAGCACGCCGCAGACAGUUCCAACUCAGACAUGCGGGACGCCGAGGACGACAUCUCCGACAGGGAGGAGGAGGAGGAGGAGGAGGACGAGAGGGAGGGCGACCAGGAUGACGACAUGCUUCCUAAAAAGAGGGGCCCGAGAAAAAAGAGGUCCGGGAAGCCGGAGUCGGACAGGUCCAAAGUGCGGCGCCAUGAGGCGAACACCCGAGAGCGCAGCCGGAUGCAUGGCUUGAACGACGCGUUGGAGAGCCUGCGCAAAGUUGUGCCGUGCUACUCCAAAACUCAAAAACUGUCCAAGAUUGAGACCCUUAGACUGGCUAAGAACUACAUCUGGGCCCUGUCAGAGACUCUGAGCGCGGGGAAGAGACCGGACCUGCUCGCCUUCGUCCAGACUUUGUGCAAAGGAUUAUCUCAGCCCACCACCAACUUGGUGGCGGGUUGUUUGCAGCUCAACGCGAGGAAUUUCCUCACAGACCACAACGGGGAGGUUAUGUUCUCUGGCAGAUCGCCCUACGAUGCCAUGUACUCGUACCCGGCUUCAGACGUGAACACGCCCCCCGGCCACAGCGGGAGCACGUUGGACAGCAGCGCCAAGCCGUUCAGGCACUACAGCUACAACGGCGCGUACGAGCCCUACUACGAGAACCCGUCCACAGAGGGCGGGAGUCCGCAUUUCGACGGCCAGCUGAGCCCCCCGAUGAACUUUAACGGGAUUUUCUCCCUAAAACACGACGAUCCGCCAGACUACGGCAAAGGCAGCCACUACGGCAUGCGCUACUGCAGUGCGCCAGGGCGCGCGGCUCUUGCGCACAACUCCAUGUACCGAGUGUCCCCAGAGGGCCGUUUCCCUUACGAUCUGCACGUCCGCAGCCAGUCCUUCCAAGCACAAGGGGAAGUUAAUGGCUCUUUCCACAAUUAA